AUGUCUUUCGGUCGAACUGUCACCCUCAACUCGGGCCACAAGAUGCCCCAGAUCGGCUACGGCACCUGGCAGGCUGCCCCCGGUGAGGUCGGUAACGGUGUCUACGAGGCCCUCAAGGCCGGCUACCGCCACCUCGAUCUUGCCAAGAUCUACCAGAACCAGCGUGAGGUCGGAGAGGGCAUCAAGAAGGCCCUCGAUGAUGUCCCCGGCCUCAAGCGUGAGGACAUCUUCAUCACUGGCAAGCUCUGGAACAACAAGCAUCGCCCUGAGGAGGUUCCCGGUGCUCUCGAUGACUCCCUCGAGGAGCUUGGUCUUGACUACAUCGAUCUCUGGCUGAUCCACUGGCCCGUUGCCUUCAAGAACGGCCCCGAGCUCUUCCCCCUCAAGGCCGACGAUAAGAACAAGACAGAGCUUGACCAGGGCGUUACCCUGUCCCAGACCUGGGAAGCCGUGACUAAGCUGCCCAAGGAGAAGGUCCGCUCAAUUGGUGUCUCCAACUUCUCCAUUGAGAUGCUUGAGACCAUCAUCAAGGACACCGGAGUCACCCCCGCCAUCAACCAAGUCGAGCGCCACCCUCGUCUUCCCCAGCCCGAGCUUGUCAAGUACCUGAAGGAGAAGGGUAUCUACCUGACCGCCUACUCCGCCUUCGGCAACAACUCAUGGGGCGAGCCUCUUCUCAUCAACACCCCCGAGGUCAAGGCUAUCGCUGACCGCCUCAGCAAGUCCAAGGGCAAGGAGGUCACACCCGCCCAGGUCAUCCUCGCCUGGUCCACCCUCGACAACCACAUCGUCAUCCCCAAGUCCGUUACUCCUGCUCGUAUUCGCAGCAACUUCGAGGAGGUGGAGCUUGACGAGGAGGCUAUCAAGGAACUUGAGAAGUUCGGCGAGAAGCCCCAGCGUUUCAACAUCCCCAAGACCUACUCUCCUGAUUGGGACAUUGAUGUUUUCGGCGACGAGAAGGAGAAGACUGCUACCCACAAGGUGGUUCUCAAGCUGUAG